AUGGACGUUUCUCGACCAAUUAUUGAGAAACCUCGUUUUAUAGCAGUUGAAAAAUUUGUAGAAGCCCGUACGAAUUCCAUUGCACAGCUUCUAAAGGCAAUUGAUAACGAUGCUCUUGUUUCCGGAGAAGUUACAAAAGGUCCAAGAACUGCUGCACAAAGAUUGCCCCGUCAUAUGAGGAGAAGAGCAAUGGCUUAUGAUGUUCGAAGGUUUCCUCGAACAAUGAGAGGAUUCGCGGAGUCUCAUCUGAUUUCAAAACACGCGAAAAAGUGUCCAAGUCGAUUUGCCAGAAGAAGAACUGCAAACACCAGAAAUAAAUUCGGUCGAAGCACGAGUAAAAAAGGCAUCUGGCUCUCCACUCACGUAUGGCAUGCGAAACGUUUUCGAAUGAUUCAAAAAUGGGGAUUCAAGAUUGCCGAUCGUAGUUUUCAACGUGGUUUCCGAGCGGUUCUUCGGGAUUCGAACAGAAAUUGUGUGAUUCGAGAUCGUUCGUAUUACACUUGUCUUACAAUUAUGAGCACCGAUGCCUAUUCGAAAAUGUCUGCAUUCUCACAAAAAACGUGUCGAGGACAGUCCUCACGAGGCGAAGAAGAGGAAUGUCAUCAAUUGUAUGUACCUGAGCAAUACCCAUAUGGAUAUAUUGGACCUGCAAAAUUCCAGAAAUUAACUGGAGUUCAAAGCGAUAAAGUUCAUGUUUGGAUUCAUCCAGCAAGUAAACCACAAUUUCUGAAGGCUCUAAUUGAGCAUUACAAACUGGAAAAAGAAGAAAAAACCGAAUUCGAUCAGUUCAAAAACUCUGAAAUGACAGUUACAAUUGACUCGGAGCACAUCAGCCGUUUUCAUUUAUCUGGUCCGAAAUGUCUUUCCAAACUGCGAGAUUCCAUAAGGCUUGUAGAAAAUGAAAGCUUUGGUUCAGAACAUAAUCGUUUUCUCUCUGUUGCUAAUUCUGUGUUCUCAUCGAAUCGGGACGGAGAAGUCCUAUAUUUACUCAUUGAGGAUCCACGAACUACUUGGGAUAGAAAGACUGGUCUCAAGCACAAAGUAGUGAGUGAUGAUAGUACUGCGGAAGACUGGAGAGGCAACAACAAACCGAAAAGUGAAUUUUGGAUUCGAGAAUUCAGAGAGAAUGCUGUAGGAAAAAGGAUGAGUGAUGCAGAUUUCCAUAAACAAAACGGUUCGCGAAUCGGCGGAGUUGUGUCUACAGAAGCCAAAGUUCCGAUUGUUUUGAUUAUUCGAAAUGGAGGAUUAAAAGCUCUCGAUGGAGUUGAUAUUAUUAUUUCGGAACCGUUCGCCAAGGAUCUAUGGGUAUCUCUUCAACGACGUGGUGUCCGUGCCAGUGGUCUCCGUGAUGAGUAUGCUGCUCAUCUGGAAUCAAAAACUCUUUAUUUCCCAUUAGACGAUGUUGAAUCAGAAGCUGGAAAAGAGUCUGAAGCUGCUAUGAAGAAGGAGUUGACUGAAAAGUAUUCGGCAAAGCCACACAAUCGAAGAUGCAAACAUUGGAGUGCUCUUUCAGUCAAAUAUCCAUUUGAAUAUAAAUGGGAUGAACUGUCAAAUGAUUGGAGCAAUGAAACAGCUAAUAAAGAAGGAGCAUUUGCGUGCCGAGAUCUUAAGAUGUUAAAGGGAAUACAAAGUACUCUUAAAGGAAGUUCUGAAUUUGGGAAAGAAGUGAAAGAAGCAGCAGGAAUGUUGGUUCCCGUCAAACUUCAAUUCUUCGGAAGAGGACGUCCGAAAAAGUUUGGAAUGAUUUGUAUUCCAACAGACGAAGAUUUGAUUUCGAUUCGACUGAAUAGAAAUCGAGAAAUCAUUCAAUUACCACCAGCAACAUGCUCUUCAGUUGAUAUAGAGGAGUUUGAGCCGAUGGAAUUAGAAGACGUAGAAGAGUCUAAGAAUAGAAUGCAAGGAUUUGUGUCACUGGAUGCAUCUGCUUCAGAGAAACCGAUCAACUUGAAAUGGCUAUUUGAGGAGACGACUCGACUGGAUGAUAAAACGACAAAGAGAAAACAUGUGAAUAGAAAGAAGAAGGAGUCGAAGAAACGACGAAAGUUAGAGUUCGAGAAGCGACAAGAAGAGGUUGAAGAGGAAGAAAUGCAGAGACAAAAGGCCAACUACAGAUUCUCGGCUAAUCGUGAGAUAAUUGGGCGAGUAGUUGCCGGUGAACAAAGUGUACUCGCUGGACAGGGAACUGCUAUCGGAUAUAUUUGUGCUAACGCUUUGCCACUCAUUGCUUCCAACUAUCACAAAACCAAAACGGUAGUAAUGGUUCGAAACGCCACUUCGAAAUACUAUCAUCCAGCUUAUGUUACGAUUGUGACAAGGGCAGUUCAGAUUUGA